CGGCAUUCGUAACGGUAUUUAUACUUUUCGUUUAAAUUUUCAAAUUAAAAGUUCAAUUCUGUAAAUUACCGUUAAUAAUAGUAUUGCUUCACGAUUCGGAAUUUUUAAAUUAUGGACAACAAUGCUAAUAAACAUACCCCGAGUCUCAAUUCUCCGUGCAAAGUUCAGAAAAUAUUUCGGAAUCAAGAUCAAUCAAUAAUAAAUUCUUCGCCUCAAAAUGUAACAAAACUUUCAGGAUAUUCUACUGAAAGUUCUAUCGAUAAUAAAAUGAAUAACGUUGCGAAACUUAGACAGCAGUUUGUGGAAGAAAUAAAAAAUAUAGAAAUCUCUUUAAAAAAAUCAAUAAAAAAUUUGAAAUUUAAAAUAUCUGACACUAAAAAAAAGACCGACAUUAUCAUAUGCAAAUUAACAGAAGCAAAUCAACUGUUGUGUAAUCAAAGUGAAAUAAUUUAUACUAAAGAGCAAGAAAAUAAGGUUCUACGAGAUAACGUAGAAGAAUUAUACGAGUAUCAAAAAAUCUUAUAUGAAAAUAUAGAAGAUAUUUUUAAUACUCUAAAUAUACAUGAAAAUCUUUCUGAACAAUUAAUGAAUACUUAUGAUAAUGUCAUUUUAAUGCAACAAAAUGAAAAUACGAUGUUAGAAGAAAAACUUAAUAGAAUAACACCAGAUGAAAAUUUUUGUAUUGAAUUAAAUUCAAUAAACUUACAAAUAGAGGAAUUUGAGAAAGCAAGUACAAAAAAUGAAAAUGAAAUUAGUAAUUUAGAAGUAGAAAUAUGUAAAAAUUUAGAUGAAAUUCAUAUGCAAGAAGAACAAGAACAUGGAGGUACAUUAGAAAAACUUCAAGAAACGCUAAAAACAACUAAAGAUGAAUUAGCGUCUGUGAAGCAAACAGAAAGUCAAGCAACUGAUAUUUUACAGAAGAAAAUUUGUGAAUUACGAGAUAAAUUAAAAAACUUUGAAGAUCUAGAAAUAAAACAUAGCACAAUAGAAUCAGAAAUAAAAAAAGAGCAAGAAUCAAUUGCUCAUAUUACUAAAGAAUGUGACGAUAAGAAAAAAGAAUAUGAUAGUAAAAUUAAAGUAAAUAACGAAAAAAUAAUUGAAGAUAAAAUUAAAAUAAAUCAUUUGGAACAUAGUAUUUCUGAAUCUGAAGAAAAGAUUAAAUUGAUUGAAGAAGAAAUAAAUUUAUUGAACAAAAAGAUUGACGGUAAAAUUAAAGAAAAUGAAAAAAGAGCUGGAAACUCUACAUUUUCAACAAGUAUUAGUCAUCGCGAUUUGCCAAAUCUAUUUGUUUUGGAAAGAAAUGUAGAAAAACAAAAUAGUCGUAAAAAACUCUGUACACCAACAUUAGCAGAUGAUGACCUGGAGCUUGAUGCACUGACACUUGAAGAACAAUUUACUCGUUUAACGCAAUCGAACACAGUUUAUACAGAAUCCUCGGAAAAAAAUAAAAAAUUCUUUAGGCAUUCGAAUCUCUCACAAUCAAAAAUAAAAAAAGAAGCCACACCACGAGCUAAAGGAAGAAGCAAAAAACAUUAAUUUACAAAUCCUACUAUCAAAUUAUA